ACCCAUCCUAAUGCCAGCAAACUGCCUUUAAAGGAUUCUUUCACUUAUGACGACUACAGAUGGGCGGUUUCCUCUGUUAUGACACGGCAGAACCAAAUUCCAACAGAAGAUGGUUCCAGAGUAACGUUGGCUCUAAUACCUUUGUGGGACAUGUGUAACCAUACUAAUGGACUGAUCACUACAGGCUACAAUUUAGAAGAUGACCGGUGUGAAUGUGUAGCGCUGCAAGAUUUCAAGGCUGGAGAACAGAUUUACAUUUUUUAUGGCACUCGCUCAAACGCUGAAUUUGUCAUCCACAGUGGUUUUUUCUUUGAUAAUAAUUCACAUGACAGAGUGAAAAUAAAGCUUGGCGUGAGUAAAAGUGACAGGCUAUAUGCUAUGAAGGCAGAGGUCUUAGCUCGUGCUGGUAUCCCCACUUCUAGUGUUUUUGCCUUACACUCCACUGAGCCUCCAAUCUCUGCCCAGCUUUUGGCUUUCCUUCGAGUCUUUUGUAUGAGUGAAGAAGAGCUGAAGGAACACUUGAUAGGCGAGCAUGCCAUUGACAAAAUCUUCACUCUGGGGAACUCUGAGUUCCCCAUUAGCUGGGACAAUGAAGUUAAGCUUUGGACAUUCCUAGAAGCCAGAGCAUCCCUUCUUUUGAAAACCUAUAAAACAACUGUGGAGGAUGAUAAGUCCUUCUUGGAGACCCAUGACCUUACUUCACAUGCAGUCAUGGCUAUCAAAUUGCGCUUAGGUGAAAAAGAGAUCUUGGAGAAAGCAGUAAAGAGUGCAGCUGCUAGCCGAGAGUAUUAUACCAAACAAAUGGCAGAUGGAGCUCCACUUCCUAAAUAUGAAGAGAGCAAUAUUGCCUUGUUGGAGAACACUGUGGCAGACUCUAGACUCCCUAUUGUCUUGAGAAACCUAGAAGAUGUGGAAGAGCAAGGGGACUUAAAGAUUGAUGAAGCUAUUGAUGCUGAAGUCACAGAGAAUGGGUUUGUAAAUGGUGAAAACUCUCUAUUUAAUGGGACCAAAUCAGGAAGUGAAAAUCUAAAUAAAGAGAAAAGCAACAGAGAGACUGAAGAUGCCAAAGAAUCUUCUUCAGAAAGUACUGAUGAGGUUAAAGAAUAGUCCUAAAAUUUUUCUUUCCUGUGAAGUUAAAUUAGCCGAAGUUUA